AUGCCUUCCUCAAACCCCGUCCGGGGGCUGCUGUUCGUAACCAUGCAGCCCAAGGAGACACUAUCGCUCGAUCUCUUCCAUGACUGGUACAACAACGAACAUGGCCCCAACCGAACUCGCCUCUCUUUCAUGCCUAAUGGGUUUCGAUAUCGAGCGACAGACCUGCCAGGUCCCAAUGCCGGCACUCGUGAGCAGCCCGAGUUCCUGGCCAUCUACGAUGCUACCGACAUGCACCAGUUCACCGAACAGCCGUACCAGUAUCUGCGGGCGCCGCCGGGAAAAACCCAACGAGAGAUCGAUGUCAUGGCCCAGAUCUGGGUGGAUCGGUUGACGCUGGAUUUUGUCGGCGAACGGAUCAACGACAAGACAUUUGUCAAACUCGAAUCACCUGAACAUUUCCGGGAGAACGAGCAAGGGAAUGUCCUAACUACCCUCAGAUUACUCCUCGACGCGGACCAAGUCUCGAGCGUUGGGACCUGGAUUCAGACCACGGUGCUCCCAAAGGUGCAAGGCGUCCCCGGCUGGAGGAGGACGUCGUGGUACAAGACGUCGUAUCUCGAAUCACGCCAGGACGGCAAGGUCGAUUUUGUCCUGAUCAACGAAUACACGCCGUCCACCGACCCCAAAACACUACCCUCGACGCUUGAAGCACUACCCGUGGAGGUUUCGCAGAGCAAGGCACGCACGUAUGAACUCUUCUACACGUUUGGAACAGCAGCACGUCACCUGGCAAUCGUAGCACCGUGGACGUCUCCAGAUGGAGUCACCAAGACGCUACCAAAGGUCUCCCCCUACGGCUCGGCUAUAGAGUCGACCGUCACGACCCGCGAUGGUGCAGUCCUGCCCUUCCGCCUUGAAGGCAACUCCGACCCCAACGCCCCCGUGCUGGUGCUGGUCAAUUCGGUCCUCACGACCUGGGGAAUCUGGGACGCAUUCCUCGUGCACUUCUUUGCUCAUCAGGAGAACCAGAGAUACCGCGUCCUCCGCUUUCUGGCCCGUGGCAGGGUCGUCCCCAGUGGCACAAUCAGCCCUGUAACCGUUGACCUGCAAGCGUCCGACGUCAUUCAGCUACUAGACGCCUUGCGUAUCCCUCAAGCGGCCGGGCUCGUGGGCGUGUCCAUGGGCGGCGUCACUGCUCUGGCAACGGCGCUCCAGUACCCGGCACGGAUCAAGGCCUUUGUCGCGUGCGACACGUCUGCGAAGUCACCGGCUGGCAACAAAGAGACGUGGGGCCAGCGAAUCGCCGUGGCCGCGAAGGAAGGCACCAAGCUCCGCCUGACAUCUCUGUUCGGCGACGAGUCCGCGGACGAUGCUGCCGGUAGUCCGCCACAGCCGGUCGUGGGCGAGGAGCUUGCCGAGAUGACAGUGCGCCGAUGGUUCGUGCCCGAGUCGUACGCCGACCCAGCGCUGGUGCCGGAGAUCGCCCGCGUCAAGCGCAUGAUCUACACCAACUCUCUGCCCGAGUUCGAGCGCGGCGUCGAGACCCUGUUCAACUACGACUACACACCUCUCCUGCCCGGGUAUCAGGGCCGAGGCGCGUUUCUGGUCGGUGCCGGCGAUGGCGUGCUCCCUCAGGGCAUGGAGAAGCUGUCCCAGCAAUUGGGCUCGGCGGCAGGGAAGACGGCCGCGUUCAAACUCGUCCAGGGCGCGGGCCAUCUACCCAUGGUGGAGAAGCCCAAGGAGGUUGCCGACUUUGUGGGGGAGUUUUUGAAUGCUUCUUAA